CCUAAAUCACACAGGCGGAAGAGAUACACAAAUGAGUCGUUAUGAACCCGCGUUACCGCUCGAUGCAAGCCAUUUUGAUCUACGGUGUCCACAGGUCGAUUUUAUAAGCGAACGUGUCGGUCGGAACCGGUACCAGAACCACGCAGCUUGAUCAAAAUGAAGGUACUACUCAUUGCUGCAAUUCUCUUGGUUGGACUGUUGGCAAUGGGCAGCGAGGCCAUUCCAUCAAACCGCUGGUCCUGCUACAAGAAAGUCUUGAAGGACAGGGACUGUCGCAAUGUUGGCAUCUCCAACGGAGUUGCGACCAUGCGACCCAUCGAUUCCCUGCAGAACCAUUUCUGGGAGGGGAACAAAUGCGACAUGGUGUGCUACUGUAACUUCAGUGAGCUCCUCUGCUGCCCAAGGGAUGUCUUCUUUGGACCCAAAAUCUCCUUUAUAAUUCCAUGCAAAACCAUCUGAGCCAUCAGUCGUUUGAAUGGACAGUGAACG